AUGUCUCCUCCGACUGUGCCUCCUACUGGGGUAGAUGGUGUGUCUGCCUACCUGAUGAAGAAAAGGCACACUCACAAGAAGCCGCGACGUAAGCCCACUUUCCUCACUCAUAGGAACAUCGUGGGCUGCCGCAUUCAACACGGCUGGAAAGAAGGCAACGAGCCAGUAGAGCAAUGGAAGGGUACUGUGCUCGAGCAGGUUUCCGUGAAGCCCAGUCUGUACAUCAUUAAGUACGACGGCAAAGACAGUGUGUACGGACUAGAACUGCACAGAGACAAGAGAGUUUUAGCGCUAGAAAUCCUUCCUGAGAGAGUUCCUUCUUCCCGCAUCGAUUCUCGCCUGGCAGAUUCCCUGGUUGGGAAGGCAGUGGGCCAUGUUUUCGAAGGUGAGCACGGUAAGAAAGAUGAGUGGAAGGGUAUGGUGUUGGCCCGAGCCCCCAUCAUGGACACUUGGUUUUACAUCACCUAUGAGAAAGAUCCGGUCCUCUAUAUGUACACCCUGCUCGACGACUACAAAGAUGGUGACCUGCUUAUCAUUCCAGAUAACAAUUACUACUUCCCAACCACCGAGCAGGAGCCUGGGGAAGUACUCGACAGCCUUGUGGGCAAGCAGGUGGAACACGCCAAAGAAGACGGAUCCAAGAGAACUGGAAUUUUUAUCCAUCAGGUGGUGGCCAAGCCAUCUGUCUACUUCAUUAAGUUUGAUGAUGAUAUUCACAUUUAUGUCUAUGGUUUGGUGAAAACCCCGUAA